GCUUCAAUAUUGUGUAUUAUUUACCAGAGAAGAACCCUGUAUUCAGGUUCUGAUUAGUGUUGAGUUUAUUCAACGUGUUGGCUUUAUUCGUGGGUACACCGAGCUUAACCUGCAGCAAUCCUCGUACCGGAAGGUAGCUUUAACGUCCUUUAAAUUGUGUCCAGCUUCAGUGUAUUGUAUAUAUAUAUUAGAACAGACUUCUGUAUUCAUGUGUGUGAAAAAGUUGUAUUUAAGGCCCGCUUCCACUGAAAGUGAUAUCACCGAUAAUGUGAACAUUCAUGUUACGAGUAGUGUUUAAAAUACUCAAACAGUGUACUGGAUUAAAUCGAGUGGUCCCCACAACGUGUCUUAUGGUAAACCUCUAACCGCUUUGAUUUAACUAACAACUUAAAAGCAAUAUUACACCCCAGCUUUUGGGUAUUCUGUAUCCAUGGAAUCAUUUGAUUGAACAACAGACAGAAUAAAAGAGCAUGAACCGAUAAAUGAAAAUUGAGUGAAAGACCAAAGCUAUAGAUUUCUAUAUACCAACAGAUCAAUGAGCAGUUAAUCAGCUGAGAGGGUGAACAUCAGAUCCUCAAUACAGCCAUGAUGAAUAACUCUACGUCAUUUCCGUAUAACAGCAGUGGCACCAUCAACGUGACGUUAAAUUUCACGGAAGAAGAACGAUGGCAGUAUUUGAUGCUGUUAGAUAAUGCCUAUUCCUUAAAAGUUCUAGCAGGGAUGAUAUUUCUAGGAAUAUUAGCAAUGAUCGGUUUCUUUGGCAACACUUUAGUUCUCAUUGUCUACAUUAAAAACUUUCAAAAGAGCACAUCGAGAAUAUUUAUAUUAGCCCUGGCAGCAUUUGAUUUAGUGAAUAACAUCGUCGCCACACCAGGAGAGAUAAUCAACAUGAGAUAUUCGUACAGAUUUGAAAGUGUUGAAUUGUGUAAAAUGAUCAAACUGGCCAAAUACCUGAGUCUGAUAGGAUCUGUGUUUACACUGGUCGCCAUAAGUAUCGAUAGACAUAGAAAGAUCUGUCAUCCAUUUAAAAGACAAAUAACAGAAAAACACGCCACCAUUAUUGUAGCCGUAGUUGCCGUAGCUUCGUUUGUUUUAACGCUACCUUCUCUAAUUGUUCACAGCGCCGAGGAUGUUGAAACGGAUAUACCAGGAUUAACCGGUAAAAAAUGUGCUUUUGAAGAUUCAUAUGAUGGAAUACUCCACAACGUGUACUUUGUAGGACUCCCGGCAGUAAUGUUCAUCGCCUGUUUCGCUAUUUUGUGUGUGUUGUAUAUUUUGGUUGGCAGGCAGAUUUUUCAUCAAGUGAAGUACACUAAUAAACUAAAUACGAAACCGGCGGCUGACUCUAUGGACAUGGACGGUGUCGAGUCGCGGCUCUCUCCCCCGGAAUCGAUGGGAUCUACUACCGGGUUAAAUUUAAGGGAUGUAACUCCUGCUAAGAUCAGAAAACCCGUCGGAUUAUCUAAAAAUCGUACAACUCUGAUGUUGUUAUCUAUCACUAUUGUUUUUAUUGCUAGUUUCGUUCCUUAUCUGAUUAUCGCCAUUUUGAAGUGGGUGAUGUCAGAUUUUAAACAGAACUUGGGAUUUACGGGCUAUCAGUUUUAUUCUGUGUUUUUAAGAUCGUAUUUCAUGAAUUCAUCAGCUAAUCCAGUAGUGUACAGUUACUGGAACAAGAGAUUUCGACAAGGAUGCGUUCGAUUACUUACCCCAUGGAGGAAGAGAAAAACUGUGGUCUUUUAAAUCAAAUCACCCCGGAGGAUUGUAUGUUUUAUGACAGCUUACAUGUUAGACGUUCAUAACGCAAAUAGUGUAAAUUUAGAGUACGAAACUCAAACAACAAAGAUAUACAAUUUUAAUAGCAGCGAGAGACCUCGAUUCGUAUCCUAAAUCGACACCUUUAUGUGAUGUGGUGCUUAGAGGAUAGGGAAGGCCCCAGAUUAAGUCACAUUGAGAUAAGGGUGAGAUAAGUAAGGGGAUGUUCCAGAAUUAUAUACCCCCAACCUAAGAAAAAAAUUCUUUAGAAUCGCGUGAAUAAGAGAGAUGAUAGUGGUAAUAAGCAUGCACUAGACAAUAUCUCAAUUAACGAAUCAUAUUCACAGUGUUUGAUUACGUCAUUAUUCAACACACGUCACAAUAUUUAUCGGGACUGACCGAAUUGUGAUAAAACUGAAUUCCGUGGCACUCUCUUCACAUUCUAUCAAUUCGGAAAGUACUGGAGUGAUACUCGAGCAUCGCUAUUGUGAAUAUCCCAAAAAUGCGAACCGCAGUUUACUUUAAAAUCCAUGUUCGUGACGGUUUGAGUGUACAUAUCUUUCACGACGAUCCAGUUUUCUACCUGCGGGGAUUGACAUACAACUUAUGUGUGGUUGGUGUUGUAAUCGAGUCCCCCAUUCUUAACUGUAUAGACAAAAAAAAAAUUAUGUGAGGUUAACGUUGAAAUACAGUCCCACAUACCUCACUGUAUAGAAAAAAAAAACAUUAUGUAAUCCAGUCCCCCAUUCUUAACUGUAUAGACAAAAAAAAAUUAUGUGAGGUUAACGUUGAAAUACAUUCCCACAUACCCCACUGUAUAGAAAAAAAAACAUUAUGGUCGUAUGAACUCCAAGAUUACAAAGAAUAACACUCUAAUGUACAGACUCUUGAAUGUAAAUACAAGACUACACGCUGGAACUACCGGUCAGUCAAACUCGCACAGACCAUAGAGUGUAACUAAAAUAUUUAAAUUGGGAUAAUGAACAAUCACACACUCCCAGACUCUUGAAUGUAAGAUAGAGGAAUCUAGAUUUCGAUAAUGAAAAACCAAAUACGAUCAGUAUUAAUUAAUAAUAUGAAUGUUUUUGUUUGUAUAUAUAUUUAUUUCUGUAAUAUCUUUUGAAAGCAAGUUGUUUAUUUUUUAUAUAGUGGAUUACGGUUAAAUUGAUGAGAAACAUACUCAUCAGUAAUGUAGCUUAAAGGAUAAUAUUGGUGUCGGUCAUUAUCACACAUGUGAUAGAACUGAUUAAACACGUUCCAAAUGUAAUUUAAACAUGAUCACUGUGUUAAAGUUAUAUUUGGAAUGUGUUUAACCAGUUCUAUCACAAUGACACAUGUGAUAAUGACUGACACCAAUAUUGUCCUUUCAUUGAACACAAACUAGUCACUUCGGUACUAACAUAUCGUUUAAUUUUAUGAUGUCAAUGAUUCUCUUGUCCGUAAGGAUCUUAUAAUUAUAUUGUUCAAUAACAUCCAACGUAGAUUUUUUUAGAAAUAAUUACAUCCAUAUAAGUAUCCGAAACAUUUCGUUAUUAAAACAUACCCUUGAGUCAUAAAUAUUAAUGCAAUUCCAGUCAUCAUCUGCUUGUCUUAUUAUAAAGCUGAAAUAGGUGCUAGAAUUUUAACUCUGAUUAGUCAAUGAAAAUCCGAAGUAUAAUUUUUUUUUUGUAUGAGAAUUAUAUUAUACCACGCCUGUUUCCACAAGGAAUUGUAUAUAUUAUAAAUACUUGUACAUGUAUUUGAAUUACGUGACGGAAUGCACAAACAGCUGUAAGACAAGACGCUUCCAAUUUGAGAAUUUCUUAAAUGUAAAUAAACAUAAUGUAGAGGUUCCUUGCUUUACAGUUAUUUAACAGUGCUGUGUGUUAUAACUUAAAUUUCAAAUCAUUUAAAGUUUGCAUUAGUUUCUGUUGAUUUCCUCGCCAUCUUUAGGGGUCUUGGUCAAAUGAAAUAAUACUAAUUUCAUACACGCCUGGUCAUUAUUGAUAGAGUUUUCUUUUGCACAUGAAGAUGCUUAAUUAUAACAAUAACAUAACAAGAUUCUUUAAAUGAAAAUAGUUUAGUGAUUGUCAUUCAUGAUAUAUAUAUGUGAACAUUUGGCUUAUUGUGCCUUCAAAAGUAGGACGUUAAACUCCAUUUCAUUUCAUUUUGUGCCUUUAAAAAAUUAAAGACAUCUGGCUUUUUUAUUAUUGAAUACAUAUGGUAGUCGAUGCCACUGACGUACCAUAUGGAGUGUUGGCUGGGGUGGGGUGGGGGUGAAGGGGUCUGCAUACGAAUGUGCGAAAAUUUAGGCAAGCCAGUAACAUAAAUUUGGGCAAUCAUUAGUACCAAGUGUCUCAUUAAUAUCCAAAAAUAUUCAUAUUCUUUAAGUUUAUUGGACUAAAUAUGUGUCUUGUGAUAUUUAGGCAAGGUCCGAGACAUUCGUGUCGCCGAGUAUGUGCCCACCACCCCUCCCGUAUUAAACAGACGAGCGUGCCAGUGGUUUACACACUGUAUGGGUAAAUAGUUCGUGGCAUGUUCUUCGCGCAAUUUGUAUGUUUCAGGUUGUAAUAACUAUAUGAUGUUGUUGUCUUUAAGACUGAUGUUUCACUGGAUAUUGAACUACACCCCAAUGAAAUAUUUCACACGUGUAUCCUUCUAUAAAAACUAGGGUGUGGUCACUGUUGGCUGUUUGGUCGUAUAUUGAAUUGUCAAGAAGCUUCUUAAAAUAAAAUAAGACUCUUUUUGCUUGUGAUCUCUUUAACUUUGAAUAGUCAAGCGGCAAGAACUCUCGGCUGCAAUCUUCUGGAUUUGGCUUUUUUAAGCGUGCACGUUAAAAAAAGCUUUGCAUUUGGAAUUGGGCGAAGAGGAGGUGGAAAAGCGGGUUUCCCGCCCCCAACACCCAUGCAUUGUACAUAUCAACAUAGAAUUAAUAAAAACCUGGGCGGACGUAGUGGCCUAAGCAGUGCAUGAAAAGGGCUGCUUUUCUGUCUGGGCAGUUUUUCAGCCCCCGCGAGUUCGAGAAGAAGACGUGCAGUUCAGUUGAUAGGACAAAUCCUGAAUGAUUAGGACUUAUCCAUAGACAAAAAUCUCUGUAACCGCUGACAUGAAAAUGUUUAUCCUAUAGAUAAAACACCUCAUGAUAAAUUCUAUAGUGUGACUGGGCCUUAAGUUAAGUUCCAUGUGGCAAGAUUGUCAACAGUUAAGAUGAAUACGUGACAUCAUGGUGGACGAGGCAGAGUUGGCAUUGAUAUUUUAUUGGUCGAAUUUUGGCUUGUUUGCUAACUUUACAUGGACGCCAGUCGAUUUAAUUUAUAAUCAUAUAAACUAAAUAUUCGAUACAUGCACAUUUUAAUGGAGUGUUCGUGCCAAAUGCAUCUGAAAUGAACGUUUAAUCUUUGUCAUGUCAAGUAUUAGAUUAUAAUAUUAAAGCAUCGGAAAUUGACGUUUAAUCUUUGUCAUGUCAAGUAUUAGAUUAUAAUAUUAAAGCAUCGGAAAUUGACGUUUAAUCUUUGUCAUGCAAAGCAUUAGAUUAUAGUAUUAAAUAUGCAUUAUGUAAAAGCUAAAUCUACAUAUAGAUGGGGUCUGGCUUCAAAGGUUAUAUAUAUUAUUAUUUAAACAUGUAUAAAUAUGACAAGCCCAUAAUAAACUUUCUGGGCCAUCGGGUGGCUCCGAUUUGAAGUAGAUCAGAACAAAUGCAUCUUUAAGUAUUUUUAUAAUAAAAUAAAUACUCAGUCUUAAAGUAUUAAUUAUUUUUAUAUCGCCUGAUUAUAGUAAUCCUGUAAUUAUUCUACUGCUUUGUUUUCAACAUAAUAAAAUAAAUAUUUGUUUUUAA